AUGGUUUGGAGAAUCAAUAACUCAGUAGACGAAUUCAUCCUUCUGGGACUGACCAGUAAUCCACAGAUUCAACUUAUACUUUUUCCAAUCUUCUCAGUAAUCUACUUAAUUACAUUAAUGGGAAACUCUCUUAUAAUCCUGGUAACUAUUACAGAAAAUAGCCUGCAGACACCUAUGUAUUUUUUCCUUACCAAUCUGUCAUUUAUAGAUAUUUCCUAUUCAUCAGCAAUUGUCCCUCGGAUGCUGAAAGACCUUUUGUCUUUAAGAAAAACUAUUUCAUUUGGACAGUGUGCUGGACAAAUGUAUAUUGGUGCCUCAUUGGCAUAUACUGAAUUUAUUCUCCUACCUAUUAUGGCUUAUGACAGGUACAUUGCAAUAUGUUAUCCACUGUAUUACACUACAAUCAUGAACAGAAUUGUUUGUGUGAGGAUAGUGUUUAUCACUUGGGUAGGUGGAUUUGUUUUGCCUAUUUUCUUGAUAACUUUUGUUUUCAGGUUGCCCAUGUGUGAUCGGAAUGAAAUAAACCAUUUUGUAUGUGAACUUCCAGAAGUUAUCGUACUGGCAUGUACAGACUUAUUCACUAUUCAGUAUUCAAUAUUUGUACUUGGUACAAUGCUUGUAAUGAUACCAGUUACUUUUAUUCUUAUAUCUUAUAUGAAAAUUAUUGCAACCAUCCUAAAAAUGACUUCAGCUGCUGGACGACGUAAAACUUUCUCCACCUGUGCUUCUCAUAUCAUUGUUGUGACUUUAUUCUAUAGCACAAUUGCGGCCACAUAUAUAAAACCAACAUCAAUAUAUUCACAGGAAGAGGAUAAAAUGAUUGCAGUUGUCUACACAGUUUUAACACCAAUGUUAAAUCCAUUAAUAUAUACUCUCAGAAAUAAGGAAGUUAAAGCUGCCUUUACCAAUAUCAGAAAAAAAUUAUAUAUUUUUUCAAAUGUGCUUCCUUAG